AUGGGGAACGAGGCAAGCCUGGAAGGCGGUGAAGGGGCGCUUGCUGGAUUACCAGAGGGGCUUGUACCUGACGGCAAGGGUGGCUUCGUUCAGAUGCCCGCAGGAACGAAGGCGGACCUCAGCCAUCUCAGCGAGGAGGACAGGAAACAGCUUUCUGCCGCGAUGGCACGGUCGCAAACCAGGUCAUCAGAAUCUCAGCAAUCAGGAGGUGGGGCCACACGGGGGCCCUCAGGUCUGAGCAAGAGUCGUACAGUGGAUGCUUUUGGGGAGGGGCCCUCAACCAAACCAAAGCCUGGACGCAGUCCCUCGUCUCUCAGCCUCCUUGAGUCACGGUUCCGUCAGGAACCUAAAGACCCGGAGCAGCCACGCACCGGCAUGUUCUCCUCUGGCUUCCUGAGUGGGGCCAACCCUCUCAGUGCUGUUUCCUCUGCUGUUUCUUCUGCCAGCAUCCCCAAGUUUAGUCUGUUUGGUGAUGAAGAGGAGGAGCAAGCUGACAAGCAGGGAGAGAAAACCUCUGGACCUCAAGCGGGGCCAGGGAAGGGCCCUCAGCAGCAGGCUGCCCGGCCUCCCCCACAAGGCCAGCCCAAGGGACAGGGACCUCCACAGCAAAAAGCAAAACCUGGGGGACCAGGACCCCAGCAGGCUGGGCCAAAACCUGGGGGACCAGGACCCCAGCAGGCUGGGCCAAAACCUGGUGGACCAGGACCUCAGCAGGCUGGACCAAAACCUGGUGGACCAGGACCCCAGCAGGCCGGGCCAAAACCUGGGGGACCAGGACCGCAGCAGGCUGGACUGAAACCUGGUGGACCAGGACCUCAGCAGGCUGGACUGAAACCUGAGGGACCAGGACCCCAGCAGGCCGGGCCAAAACCUGGUGGACCAGGACCGCAGCAGGCUGGACUGAAACCUGGUGGACCAGGACCUCAGCAGGCUGGACCAAAAGCUGGAGACCCUGGGUCUCAACAGCAAGGUCCUAGAAAGGCUGGUUCAGGAGGACCAGGAAAGCCUGGGGGUCCCCAGCAGAAAGGACCACCAGGACAAGGAGUACAGGUUCCAGGGCCGGGAAAGCCCGGACCUGCUCCUGAGAAGGGUGGGCUUUGUCCUCUCUGCAAGACAGCUGAGCUUAAUGUGCAUGCCAAAGACCAGCCACCAAAUUUCAGCACCUGCACUCAGUGUAAACAGCAAGUGUGCAACCUAUGUGGAUUCAGUCCUCCUGACUCAGCGGGGAAAGAAUGGCUCUGUCUGAACUGUCAGAUGCAGAGAGCAAUGGGGGGCAUGGAGCCUCCAGGGCCACCUAUGAUGAAGCAGCCCCCAAAGCAGGGCUCUGCCCCUCCUUCCCCCCAGAGGAAAGACCCCGCUAAGGCUGGACCAGCUCCUAAGACUGAGCCAGGGAAGAAGCCACCAUUGCUGACUAAGCAGCAAAGCAUCACCGAUGCAAUGAAGGGACCAACACCUCCUACAACUCCUAAGCAGAAAUCCCCUGGUCCAGGGCCACCGGGAAGCCCUAAAGGACCUCAGCCUGGAGCACCAGGGGCCAAACCAGGGCAGCCUCCCCCUCUGCAGAAGCCUGCACCACCCAGCCCCAAAGGCAGUCCUGUUCCCUCCCCUGCGAAAGCAAAACAAGAGAGUAGCUUUUUCAGUGGUUUUGGUCUUGGAGGCUUGACAGAUGUAGCGAAGCAACCCCAGGCUUCUGAGUCUGUCACAGGCAAACUGUUUGGUGGUUUUGGUGGCUCAUCAAAGCCUCAGGGUGGGGCUGCCGCCCCCCAGGGUAGUGAGUCAGUGACCGGGAAGCUUUUCAGUGGUUUCGGUGGUCUCACUGAGACUCCCAAACCGUCCGUAACAGCUUCACAGUCUGCCGAGGGUGUGUCUGGGAAAAUGUUUGGUUUUGGCUCCUCUUUCCUGAGCUCGGCAUCCAACCUCAUUUCAUCCACUGUGGAGGGUGAUGACCAGGAGUCACCUCCUGAAUCACCUCCAGGAUCGCCCCCCGAUUCCCCCAUAGAUUCAGAUGCUGACUCCCCUCCUGGAUCUCCCCCAGACUCAGAAUCACCUCCAGACACCCCACCAGCCCACUCCAAAGAGCCCACCUCACCCAAACCUGUGGAAACUGAGGCAAAACCUCUUGCUGGAAAAUCUGCACUGGAGUCCACAAAAGCAGAGGAACCUACUACUCAAGCUCAGCGGUCUGAUGCCCAGUCCAGUUGUCCACUCUGUAAAUUUGAGCUAAACAUGGGCUCAGGAGAUGCACCAAACUUCAGUACAUGCACUGAGUGCAAGAGGACUGUCUGCAACCAGUGUGGUUUCAACCCCAUGCCGCACCUGUCUGAGAACGAAUGGCUCUGUCUGAAUUGCCAGACCCAAAGAGCUCUCUCUGGCCAGCUUGGGGAUAUGACAGCUCCACCCUCUCCAUCCAAGCUCCCUGCCAAACCGCAACCCACCCCUCCUUCUUCCCCUGCUCAUAAAACCACCUCUACACCUGCGUCCCCUGCCCCCACUGCCACUGCUUCCCCUGCCAAACAGCUCUCAAGGAUGCCUAGUCUAACACAGGCUCCAGCUGAGAGACCUGAACCAGAUUCAGUCAAAGCUGAUGAUAAAAAACCUAUAGCUGAGACAAAGGCAGAUGCAGCAGAAAAGGAAGAGAACAACAAAGCAGCGCUUGCUCCAGUAAGCACACAGGUAGAGUUGAACGAAGCGCAAACACCUGACACCACGUCUGAAAACACAGAAGCUGCAUCUGCUCCACCUGAGCAAAUAGUUGAGGCUGCCACCCUUCCCCCUGUUAGUGUCCCAGGGCAGACAGCAGAUGUUAAAGAUGCAGAAAAAGAACAGGCUGAAACAGAGAAACCACCUCCCCCUCGAUCAGAAGAGCAGAAUGCAGAGGCAAAAAAGACUGAUAGUGUUACUCAUACUAAAGAAAAAAAAUUGCUGAAGGAGCCUGUAGAGAUGAGUGCUGCAACUCAAGAAAGCAGUCCAACCAGCCCAUCUGAUUUAGCCAAGUUGGAGAGCACUGUCCUUCAAAUAAUAGAGGCUCAGACAACAACAGAAACCAGAGAUAGUUCACAGAAGGUCAGUGAACCAGGAAAAAGCAGGCGCAAAUUGGAGGUGCUGCCAAUGUCACCAGAUUUUAGUUCUGAGGAAGAUGGACAUGGUGAAGCUCAAGAACAGGAUGUUCCUGUUAAGCCAGGUAGCCCAAAGAAAGAACGUAAAAAGCUACUCGUCCCUGAAGAACUACAGGGAGAUUCUUUAGAAGACAGUAGUGAGGGUGAGCCCUCACCCCUCCUGCAGAGGAAACAGUGUGUGAGUGGAGAGAAGAAUAUUCGAGGGAGAAGUGCAGGCACUAUAGACGAAGAAGAGUUGAUCCGUAAGCAAAUAAUAGAAAUGAGUGCAGACGAGGAUAUGUCACCAUCUGAUGAGGAAAGUCUUGUACGUAAAAAUAUUAGAGAUCAACAGAAGAAAACAGUCGAGCAAGAUACAAGGAAAGACAGCACGGAGAAAAGUGAAUCAGGAAGAGCCAGGCGCCUUCUAAAAAAGAGCAGUAUCAGUCCUGAAGAUGAGCGAGACUGUAAAAGUAUCGUCUCUGUCGUUAAGACUGAGGAACCUGGGAAAGGGGAGCAUAGGUCUCUGGACAGUAGAGCUGAUAUCCGCCAUUUCAAAACAAUUGAGUUAAACAGUACUGCCACUGUGAGACAGACGUCAGAUGAUGGGGAACUGGAGAGCCUAACUGAUUCUCCUGAUGACAGGUCCAGAGGUGAGGGUUCUUCCAGCUUGCACGCAUCCAGCUUCACCCCAGGAACCUCCCCCACCUCACUGUCCUCCUUAGAUGAAGACAGUGACAGCAGCAGUCCAAGCUAUAUUAGAUCAAGUAGUGAGGGUAAACAACACCGCAAAGCCAAGCACCGGCAGCCAGGCCAAAUGCUGCCCACCAUCGAAGACUCCUCUGAAGAAGAGGAGCUUCGUGAGGAGGAGGAGCUUCUCAAGGAACAGGAAAAACAGAAGAGCUCUGGAAAGAAAUCAAAGAAAGAUAAAGAUGAGAUCAGGGCACAGAGGAGAAGAGAGCAUGCCAAAACACCACCAAGCAAUCUCUCCCCAAUUGAGGAUGCCUCUCCAACUGAAGAACUGCGUCAAGAGGCAGAGAUGGAAGAGUUCCGAAGGUCAUCUUGCUCAGACUUCUCCCCAAGCAUGGAGUCAGAACCAGAGGGCAUUGAGAUCCUUCCUGAGAAGAUCGCUGCAGUCCAAAAAGUAUACCAGCUUCCAACUUCAGUGUCUCUGUAUUCUCCCACAGAUGAGCAACAUGCUGAUAAAGACACCAAGGAGAAACGACCUUUAAAAAGUGCAGAUGAAGCUUAUGAAGAAAUACUGCUGAGGGCCAAAUCCCCAAAUGCUGACAAAGUGGAAGCUCUGCCAGGCAAAGAUUCUCUCUAUAGUGGCAUGUUGAUUGAAGAUUACGCAUAUGAGUCUCUUGUUGAAGAUGCUCAAAGGGAACUGGAAAAAGAUCAAAUCACUAUACCAGAAAAACCCAAAAAACUGAGGUCACCAGAUGAAGUGUAUGAGGACAUGAUGCACAAAAGGAUGAUGCUUUUACAGCAGGAGAUCAAGGAAGUAGAUGUGGCAAAAGAAAUUCCCAAACCAGAGACUGUUCUCCCCUCAGCUAUCUCAAGCGGUGAUACAGCCUCCAAAAUCACCACACCUCAAUUAAGCAAGGAUGGGAAGCCAUUGUUAGAUGCUGAGGAAGCUUAUGAGGAGCUAAUGAAGAGGCAGAAAGCUGUGCUGACCCCAGGAACUAGUCCAACACAGACAGAUCAUCAGUCAGCCGAGGGCAUACCAGAAGCCCCCAGUGAUCAACUGGAAGUUGUUUCUCCAAAAAGAGUUCUCCCUAUACCAGACCUGAGGGUUACUCAGUGUUCUUCAGGUGAAGAGGAGUCUGGAGAGGAGAGCAUCAUUGAGCAAAAGCAUGAAUCCGAUAAAACCACCGUCUCUGAGCCUACACCACCGACACCUGUUGAGACUAAGUCCACAGCAGUUGUUUCUGACAUUCCUGAGCAAACACCAUCUGCACCUCCUGUUUCAGAGCCUUUACUGGAAUCUGCAGCCUCAAAACAAGAAAUAAUACAGGAGCCUCCACAAACUGACCUAUCAGAGCCUGCCACUGAGGCAAUCCUGCAGCCUAUGGAAGUUGACCAGCCUGGAGUGGUUGACCUGUCUAGGUCCUCAGGCUCAAGUCAAACUGGCUCUGUUCCUGCUCCCAUUCCUACUACAGAUACUAAAACAUCACCCCCUGUGGUUGUUAGUGUAUCUCCCUUACCCACUGUACCUCAGUAUACUGCCAUGGUACAGAGUGUUGUGUCAACUGCCCCUCCCAUUCCACCAAAACCAGCUGUCUUACGUCGAGGUGUGUCUCAGGAAAAAACUGACAUUCCUGCCCCUCCACCACUACCCCCUCCCACCCUGCCAAAACCCUCUUUGUACCCUAAAAAGACUCCCCCUCAAGUACCACCAAGGACUUCACCAGUUGGAGGGAGUGUGACAGUCCCAAGUGCACCAGUAAGGCAGCCUCUGGCUCCAGUCUGUAAACCACAUGUGCCCCCUCCUGUGCCUCCGAAGCCAUCCUCAAUUCCAGCAGGUCUGACAUUUAGUCAUAGACCAGGAGAAAGCAUCAAACCACCAAUAGCUCCAAAACCCAUGGCAGCCGCUCCGACCUCCUCCCCUGCUCAAGUAGUAUCUAGACCUACAAUCCUCCCCACAACCACUACAGAUGUUGCUCUGAACCUCAGUCCAUCAGCUGAAAGUAAGCCAUUGCCUACCUCACCCCUCAGGUCCCCCACAUCACCCAGAUUGGGCAAGUCAUUACAUGAAACUUAUGUGGUCAUUACGCUACCAUCACAGCCCAGUUCACCAGUAGAAGGAAUCACAACUCAAGCCUCAAUCAGUCCCGGCUCAGCAUCCCCAACAAAACAGGCACCACCUCAGUCCCAACAGCAGGGACAACUACCACCUGAACCACAGCCACAAACAACAAGGGUCCCACUGGCAUUCACUAGAAUAACAGAGUCCAUAGAAAGCCAAGAAAUAUGUGGUCCAGAAAAAGUAGUUUCUAGCAUGAGUCAUGUAUAUGAGGCAAUUUCAGCUACAACACAGCAGCCAUCAGUCAUUCCAAAUGUUGUUGCCCAGGUUGUUACCACAGAAGUUCAAAGAACUACUGUAUCUGUUGUGCAUGAGAGAACACCACCCCCACUUCCAACCCCAAGAGCCACUGGAAUUACUGUGGUCCCAGAGAAGACCCAGUCCCUUCCCCAAACCCAGCAGAGUGGUCAGGUCUAUCAUCCUGGUGAAGUUGUGGAUCUCCGUACCCCAAAAAUGGAUGUUGAAACUUCUCUGAAAGGUGUGGAUCUGUCAUCCUCUGAAUCAAGGCGUCAGUCCCUUCCUGCUGAUGGAAGUGGCCGCCCGACAAGUGCUGUGCAGUCAUCUGUGAUCAAUUUAAGCACAGACACUUCAUCAAUGUCUGUCGUUACUGACAGCAUAACCAUCCUCACAUGCACAGCCACCAUAGCUUAUGGGAACAGUGAUGUAUCUCAGGUCACCUCUAUGCCUCUCCAGCUUACAACAGCCAAAUCCUUUGAGCCAGUGUCACAGAUCAUCUAUCGACCUGUAGACUCACAGCCAGAGAAACCCAUUAAUCUCUCAACAACAGUUGGGAAAGGUCAUCCGGCUCCUGUGACGAUAGCUCCCACAAGCAUUACCAAUGGGGUAAGCAGCAGCGUUCCUCCUCGCUUGGAAAUUGGCCUAUCCGGUGCAGUUGACCUUACAACAACAAAACCUGUCCAGACCAUUGUCUCUGUUGAUGGAUCCACAUCAGAGGUGAUCACUGCAGUAAUUACAGAGGAUGAUAGCAAACCUGUGGACCUAACAGCCGGUAGGCGGACGGUGUGCUGUGAUGUGGUAUACAAGCUGCCUUUUGCUGGGAGCUGUGCCACUCAGCAGCCUCCAGCCCCACUGCCAGAAGAUCGUUUUGGCUACAGGGAUGAUCACUACCAAUAUGAUCGUUCACCCUACAGCAUGAGAGGCUUUGGUGGGAUCAAGCCCUCAAUGUCAGACACAAAUUUGGCUGAGGCUGGGCUUUUCUUCUACAAGAGUAAGAACAGUUAUGAUUAUAAUGGUGCGGCAGAGGGUGCAGUAGAUCUGACGUCUGGAAAGAUGUCUGAGACAGGUGAAGCUGUGGACUACUCAAGCAAAGCCACAGGGUCAUAUUCUGGAAUGACAAUUCCACAGUACACCCAAGCAAGGAUAACUUCUGCUGUUGGAACACAUUUUGGGGUGUCUAGUGUCCUGAGAUCCUCCAAUGGUGUGGUUUAUUCCUCUGUAGCAGCACCAGUUCCCUCCACUUAUGCCAUAACAACACAGCCAGGGUCAAUAUUCAGCACUACUUACAACACUCUGUCAGGCAUGCACACUAGUGACACCAUGCCAUCACUCUCAAGUCUACAGAGCAAGCCACUAACCAGAUCACACAGUUUCCUCUCCACUAUUGCAGUCACUACAGCAGAAGAUCAUGGUGACGUGCCGCUGAAUCUGGAGACAGGCGUCUCUAAAGAUGUCUCCACAGUGCUCUCAGAAGCAGCUGCUGCUGUAACCACAGUGUCAGCAUUGGAUACAUACACAGAUGCCUCAUUGGAGGCAAUUGCAGCAUCCCUGGAAGCCUUGUCUUCACCUAUGGUACCAGGAGAUCCACAGUACCAGAUGGAGCGUGAGCUGCUGGAACUAGAGAAGAUGAAGCAACAACGUCUGGCAGAGGAACUGGAAUGGGAGCGUCAGGAGAUUCAGCGCUUCCGUGAGCAGGAGCAACUCCUGGUGCAAAAGGAGCUAGAGGAGCUGCAGGCCAUGAAACAGCAGAUCCUUUGCCAACAAGAGGAAGAGAGACAGGCCCACCUCAUGAUGCAAAAGGAGACCUAUGCUCAACAGCAAGAGCAGCUAGAGCAGAUCCAAAGGCUGCAAGAGCAGCUUAGGCAGCAGUUGGAAGAGCAGAAAUUCAGACAGAUGUACUCGGUGGAAACCCAGGAUCAGGCCCAGACAGAACCUCUAGCGGGACUAGAUAAGAAGAUGGAUAGUGGGGUUCAGACUGAUGAGGAGGAUAAUACAAUGGAUAAGGCCUACACUGCAGGGAGGAAGAAGAGGAGUGUUCGGAAGAGUGUAGACAGUAGUGUGCAGACAGAUGACGAGGACCAAGACGAGUGGGAGGUUCCUACUCGAGGCAGACGUAGCAGAGCAAGGGAUAGUAAAUACAGUGUGGGUGAAAGGGUUUCAGUACAAGCCCUUACAGAAAUCUCUGUGCAGACAGACUCUUCAGGAACACUUAGGGGGCAUUCUGUACAGAUGGAUACUAAGGUAGAAUACCCUGACUCAGACGGAACUUCCUCCCCUCAGAGAGACAAGAGACGCCCUACUCCUUUAGACAUUGGUCAUUCUCCUCACCUCAAAGCAGAUUCCUCUACUCUCCAAGUUGCCCCUGCUCCUCCCAAAUCCCCCAAAGUGUUAUACUCCCCCAUCUCCCCUUGUGUGUCACCCAGCAAAUCACUUGAAUUUGUGUCCUAUGAGAAAUCCUUGGGAGACACAAGCCCACAGAGAAUCCGUGCUGCUGCAGAGCCAUCUAAAGGCCCACCACCCAGUCCUAGAGGUCCCAAGGUCAUACAGCGGUCAAUGUCUGACCCAAAACCUAUGAGCCCAACCUCGGAGGAGAGAGCAGCAACCACUUUCCAGUAUUCAGAGGGAUACACUGGUAAAGGAUCACCUGGUGGCACCCCAUCUGGCACCCAGAAAAAGGUGAAACGAACCCUUCCCAACCCACCUUCAGAGGAAGAAGCAGCCAUUGCAGGCCAGACAGCAUAUAGCACUGGCUCUGCACGCAGACGUCUCUGUCGUAGUACUAACAUGGCACGCGCCAAGAUUCUGCAAGACAUUGACCGUGAAUUAGACCUGGUGGAACGUGAGUCCUCUAAACUCCGCAAGAAACAAGCUGAGCUGGAUGAAGAAGAGAAGGAAAUUGAUGCCAAACUGCGUUACCUGGAAAUGGGAAUCAACAGGCGAAAAGAGGCACUCUUAAAGGAGAGGGAGAAGAGAGAAAGGGCCUAUCUUCAGAGUGUAGCCGAGGACCGGGACUACAUGUCUGACAGUGAGGUCAGCAACAUUCGUGAAACAAGGAGAGGUGGAGGUGGAGAAGAAAUGAGUGGACAUGGCCUUGAAAGGCCAAGGACAGCCCCUCAAUCAGAACUUGAUCAGUUUGUUCCACCUCAGACUAAACAUGAUGUGCAGUAUGGCAAGUACUCUCAGUAUCAGUAUCCCCAGCAAACUUUGUACCAGCAGUCCCUCUACCAGUCUCAGCAACCAUACCAAUCCCAAUCAAUCUACUCUUCAGUGCCCUCUCUUACUGCCUCACAGCAGCAGAGCUACCAUCAGAUGCUGCUGCUGCAGCAGAAAGCUAGGCAGCAAGCUGCCCUACUUUCAGAACUGGAUGCCACCAAAAUGGCAGCCAACUAUGAUGUCAUUCGCAGCCAGCCUGAUGCUUCCACCUAUCUGGGAGGGAAAUAUGGCAGCCAUCUGGACCUGCGUGGCAUUGAGGAGCGUGGGGGCAGUAUUGCAGGAAGCCCUAUGUCCAAUGUGUCAGCUGACUCGUUCUACACUGAAGUAGAUCACCAUCAUCAGACGCCAAGAAGUUACCUUCUCCUGGAGGAAGCUGCUGAGCUUGCCAAGGGCACUGCAGGCCUCUCAUCCACUAGUUAUGGCAUUGCUGAAAAAGAACUAGCCAAGGCAGAGCGGCUGUUGAGACGAACAGCAGCAGACGUUGGAACAGACUACCUUGGCUCUAGCUCCAGGCUCCACUCUUACACCAAAACCCAGGAUGACGAAGAUCCAAUGGAAGAGCCGUAUGAGCUGAAACUCUUAAAGCAACAACUUAAGCAAGAGUUCAGGAGGAGCACAGGAGGCACUGAGAGCCUGGAGCAACUGGCUGGGCUCUCACAUCACUACUACACCCCCAGCACAGCCCUGUCUAGUGCAGCCUACAGACCUUUUCCCAAGACAGAAAAGUACAGCAUCAGCAGGCUGACCCUUGAGAAACAGGCAGCCAAGCAGCUCCCAACUUCCAUGAUCUACCAGAAACACAAAACCACCAGCAAUAUCGGCAAAUUCUCUUCCUCUAUCCAGGAAGGUCGAGCCGUAGAGACAGACUACACGAGCUACCUAUCCUCUAGUGGAGGCUCACCAAGGUCAAGCAGGCUUUUACAAGAUGAAAUCACUUUCGGGCUUCGCAAGAACAUUGCAGAACAGCAAAAGUACCUGGGCUCUACCUUAGGGGCUAACCUGGCUGGGUCACUGAACUUUGGUCAGAACCUGAACCUUACCCCAGGGAUGAGGUCAUCUCUGGGUGAAGAUUCCGUUUAUCCAAGUGGGAGCAGAUCACGACCAUCGUCUAGACCUUCCUCUGUCUAUGGCCUGGACUUGUCCCUUAAGAGGGAUACAUCCAGCUCCUCACUACGACUGAAAGCAGAGGGCGAGCCUUCAUCAGAAACCUCAGCCUACCAGACUCCAUCAGGGAGGACCAAACCCACAAGUCUUCCCAUUUGCCAGAGUGGACGGGGGAGAAUUCCCAUUGUGGCACAGAACUCUGAGGAAGAGAGCCCAUUGAGUCCGGUGGGUCAGCCGAUGGGCAUGGCACGGGCAUCCGCGGGUCCUCUGCCCCCCAUAUCUGCUGACUCCCGAGACCAGUUUGGGUCAUGUCUUUCCCUCCAGGACCCACAGCAACAGCACCCAAGGGAAGACCCCACAAGAGGCCGUGGCUACAUCCCAAUGGAUGACCUGCAGGCCACCAUGUCAGACAGUGAAGCAUGAAGUGAGACCCUGGUGGUUUGGUACAGAAACAGACCAGGAAAUUCACAUGAGAACGUAACCAGACAGACUUACCACUUGCAACAGGAGGAAACUGACUGGUUUGACAAACCUCAUGAUGGACAAACAGAAAGUGGACAAAGCCAUGACAGAAGACAGGCAAAGUCGACACACUACCCAUUUCCUCACAUGAGAGUGAAACUACAGAGAGAUCCUAAAGACCACAGUGUCACAGGGAAUGGUUUAGGUAUCCGAGUGGUUGGUGGGAAGGAGAUUCCUGGAAGCAAUGGAGAAAUAGGAGCUUAUGUGGCUAAGGUUCUGCCAGGAGGCGCUGCAGAGCAGACUGGAAAAAUUGUGGAAGGAAUGCAAGUCCUAGAGUGGAACAAUAUUUCUCUGAAUGGUAAAACGUAUGAGGAAGUGCAGGGCCUGGUCAGUCAGCAGUCUGGAGAGGCUGAACUUUGUGUGAGACUGGAUCUGAACAUGCUUUCAGAUUCUGAGAGUUCUCACUUAAACCUUCAUGAGCAGGUCAAAGCAGGGGACGGCCCUCCAAGGUCACCGGGUGUUGACCCUAAGCAGUUGGCCGCAGAGCUCCAGAAGGUGUCCCAGCAGCAGGCUCCCGCCUCCUCCAGCUCCUCGCUCACGGCGGCCGACAAAGGCCCUCACACUGGCACCGCCUCGGCCGCCUCCAGUGCCAUCCCCAGCCCAGGACAGCCAGGGUCCCCUUCAGUCAGCAAGAAACGCCACAGCAAGACUUCAGAUGUCAAGACGCAAUCUCACCCAGUCACAGGAGAAAUACAGCUUCAAAUCAAUUAUGACAAGCAGCUGGGAAAUCUAAUCGUUCACGUUCUACAAGCUAGGAACUUGGCACCUCGAGAUAACAACGGUUACUCAGACCCGUUUGUGAAGGUUUAUCUGCUCCCAGGAAGAGGGCAGGUCAUGGUUGUUCAGAAUGCCAGCGCUGAGAAUAAAAGAAGAUCCAAGCAUGCUCAGAAGAGCCUGAAUCCAGAGUGGAAUCAAACUGUCAUCUACAAAAACAUCCAUCUGGAGCAGUUGAGGAAGAAGACUCUAGAAGUCAGUGUGUGGGACUACGACAAGUGCUCCUCCAAUGAUUUCCUUGGAGAGGUCUUGGUGGACCUGUCCAACACGGCUCAGCUGGAUAAUGUGCCACGAUGGCUGCCGUUGAAAGAGCAGAGCGAAAGCGAGCACCAUCGGCGUUCCCAUUCUUCCCGACAGCACUCGCCCAAACCACCCUCACAUAGCAACCAGCAGUCCCCGAAAACCUCAGCGCACGGCAACCAGGACUCGCCCAAGUCCUCUGUCAUUAAGAGCCGCAGUCAUGGGAUCUUCCCCGAUCCAGGCAAGGACACGCAGGUCCCUACUAUUGAGAAAUCUCACAGUAGCCCAGGCACAUCGAAGCCGUCCCCCUCUGAUGGCCAGGCUCGCUCUCACGGAACCCCCCGCUCUCACGGCAAAAGUGCCGCCACUCGGGCGCGCCUUGAGGACGACGGUGCUGGCACCGGAUCAGCCGAAGCCGUCGCCCAGCAACACCGCCUCCAACCAACCCAAAACAGCCGCCUCUCCUUGAGGCACCAUAGACACAGCGUAGUGGGCGUGCUCACCGUUCAGAAACCUCUGUCCGACUCUCCAGCCAAUGAGAUCAGGGAUGGCAGACACGCGACCCUCAGGAAAGCCAUGUCAGAAGAAAGGCCUCAUCCAGAUGGAGCGUCACGAGGUCACAGAUCUGGCGACGGCCCUGUCACUGCAGCUUCACUGGACAGCGGUCUGAGUGGCAGUGCCUACAGCCUCCUGGAAGAGGAGGAGGGCGGGACCAAUGCUGUGGACAGCGCCAUCUUCCAGGUCCCCAAAUUGGGAAAGAUUCCUAAUGGCACAGAUGUAUUGAAAUCAUCACCAGUAUAUGGAGACACUGAAGGUAAGACCCAGGUGAUGGGAGAGAUUAAGAUUGCUCUGAAGAAGGAGAUGAAGACAGAGGGAGAACAUCUGGUACUGGAGAUUCUUCAGUGCAGGAACAUCACCUACAAAUUCAAGUCUCCAGACCACCUACCAGACUUAUAUGUGAAGCUGUAUGUAGUGAACGUUGCCACACAGAAGAGGAUCAUUAAGAAGAAGACCAGAGUGUGUCGCCAUGACCGAGAGCCCUCGUUCAAUGAGACCUUCCGUUUCUGCAUGAACCCCACCGGACACUCCAUCCAGCUUUUCCUGGUGUCAAACGGGGGAAAGUUUGUGAAGAAGACGCUGAUUGGUGAGGCUUACAUAUGGUUGGACAAAGUCGACCUGCGGAAACGGGUGGUGAGCUGGCACAAGCUGCUUGCCACCACUGCCCAGAUCCACUCUUAG